GCGCUCUUCGCCGAGCUCCUGAUAAACCUCCCAGAAGUGCUGCCGCGUUCGGAUCACUUCUGGGGGCACCAGGAGCAUGGGAUGUUCAUGAACAGCACGGUGAUCUAUCGCACACUCUUCCCAGAGUCCGCCAUCUUGGACAAGGGACUUCUUCGCAGACUGCUCCGUUUGCUGCCAGAAGGUUCGAGCUUGGCAGACUUCGGAGCCCUCGACGGUCAGUAUUCCAGUUGGCUGAACGACACGGGCUGGGUCACCGCCUUCGCCUUCGACGGCGUCCCCGGCGUCACAGACAUCACCGACGGCCGCGUCACCGAGGUCGAUCUUGCAGAAAGGGUACACAUCGAAUGGCAUCCCGAAGCCUUCGACUGGGUUCUUUGCCUUGAGGUGGCUGAGCACAUCCCUGUGGAGCUGGAGCACCAGUUUCUUGGGAACUUGGGGCGCCACGCAAAGCAGGGCCUGAUCCUGUCCUGGGCUCCGCCUGGCAUCGACGGCGAAGGGCAUGUGAACUGCCAGGAGCUCGACGAAUCGAAGCGACGAGUGGAGGCCUUAGGCUUCCUCCAGGACGUGGAGGCCACGGAGGACUUGCGAGCGGCAUGCGAGGUUCCAUGGAUAGCAGCAUCUGUAGCUGUGUACCGCCGGGUCUAUGCAGAAGAAGCGACCGACGCGAGGGAAGCUUUCUGA